CUAAUGUUGAUUUACAAAUGGUCAGGCGGUUUAUAGUUGUGAUUCUCAUCGUACCCUCCAAUUCCAGUUUGAGCAUGAAAACAUAGUUUUGUGCGCACACAAAAAUUAUUCGGUUAUCAGGUUGUUUUGUUUCAAAGUUUUCAAAAUUUUAGCUUUUGUAACUCCCUUCAAUUUUGUUCCCUUUUGCGUUUCAAUAUGAUUCACAAUCCCAAAGCCAAUAGAAAAUAGUCGAUUGUAAUAUAAAAGUAAUUUAUAUAACUUUAAAUAUUUUACAUGCUCAAAAUGAAUCCUAUCGAGGAAACAUCUUACAUUCGAACCAUUGAAUGGGAAAUGUUAGAUAAGAAAAAAUUCAUCCCUUUGAGUAUUACAAGUUCAUGUAUGGUUAGAACCAGCCUUUACCCUUUCACUUUAGUCAAAACUAGAUUGCAAAUUCAGAAAGGUAAUGAGGUUUACAAGGGUACCUGGGAUGCUUUUCGAAAAAUUGUCAAAUAUGAAGGCUUCAAAGGACUGUAUAAAGGGUUUUGGGUCAAUUUAUUUUCAAUCGUUUCCGGGACCUUUUAUGUUUUAACUUAUGAAAAUGUGAGACAUUUGUUGCAAACCAAUGGUGUUACUGAUUCAAGAAUCAGAGCACUUGUGGCUGGGGGUUGUGCUUCUCUGGUGGGGCAGACAAUCAUUGUGCCUAUUGAUGUAAUAAGCCAACAUUUGAUGAUGAUGGGUCAGAAAGUUGAUGGUGUAACCCAAAAUAUCAAGCCAAAUCUUCAAAAUGGAAUGGGAAAAAGUAAGACGCAACUAGCCCUGGCAAUCACGAAAGAUAUUUACCAUACCGACGGUCUCCGGGGCUUUUAUCGUGGAUACGUUGCUUCGUUGUUCACCUAUGUGCCUAGUUCAGCACUCUGGUGGACGUUCUAUCAUCUGUAUCAAGAUCAUCUCAGCAACCUCUUCCCUGUGUGGUUCCCCCAGUUGGGAAUUCAGUGCACAUCCGCAAUUCUAGGAGGUAUAACCACAACGACAUUGAUAAAUCCUCUGGAUAUUGUGAGAGCCAGACUACAGGUACAACGCCUGGACUCGAUUGGACAAACCUUCCGCAUUUUGUGGCGAGAGGAGCGCUUUUAUACGUUCACCAAAGGAUUAACUGCCCGUAUCAUCAUGUCCACGUUUUAUAGCUUUUCCAUCAUUCUCGGCUAUGAAUCUGUCAAGCGGUGGAGUGUUAAAGAGCAGUAUAGGGAACAAAUCAGGUGGCAUGUUGAAACAGUAUCCAAACUGGAACUACGAGACAUUCUUCUUUCAACUCUUAAAGCUAUACGAGAUUCCUUACGUUUCCGGUUAGAACUGCUGUCUUGUGGGCAAUCAUCACUACUUUAGUGAAAACACUACAACAUGAGUCGUUUUUUCGGCACAGCCUCUGAUUCGGAUACAGAGAGUGAUGUUAGUGAGGAAGAGGUGCAGCAGCGCCCCACAGCUGUUCCAACUUACACAUUCAGUGAUGAUGAAGAAGAACAGAAAAGAAUUGUUCGCUCAGCAAAGGAAAAGCGAUUUGAAGAACUUAAGGAAAUCAUUAGGCUAAUCAAAAACUACAAGAAGAACAAAGAUUUGAGCAAAAUGCUUUCUUCGUUUGAAGACUUGACUAAGGCCUACCAAAAGGCAUUGCCAGUAAUUACAAAGGAAGAGAAGGGAGUCACUCCUAGAUUCUUUGUCCAAUGUCUGGUGGAAGUUGAGACUUUCCUUAAUGAACUUUGGGAAGAUAGGGAUGGAAGGAAAAAUUUGUCCAAGAAUAACUCAAAGUCACUGAGUACAUUGCGUCAGAAAAUGCGAAAGUACGUUAAAGACUUCGAGUCGGACGUAGCAAAGUUUAAAGAAAAUCCAGGAGAAGAGGAAGAGGAUGAAGAAGCCGAGGAAAAAUCUGAAGAUGGAUCAGAUGAAGAAAGUGGCGCGGAAGGCCCUGCUGCAUUCCGAAAAUCGGAAUCUGAAACCCGUCACAAACCAGCUCCAAAGGUGAAACCAAUUGCUCCUGAAGGCGAUGAAAGUGACGACUCCUAUUGGGACUCUGAUGGUGAGGAUGAGACAUCUUCAUCUGAUGAUGACUCAAAAUACGCCAACCUGAAGGAGAAGUUCUUAAAGGUUGCUGGUGGCGAUGAGGAUAAGAAAAAGGAAAAGAAAGACCGCAAGGACAAGGAGAAGGCCCAACGACGCAAGGAUCGUGAGGAAGAGGAAGAACUGGAAAUGGAGGGAGGCGAUGGCUGGCAGGUGCAGGGCAAGGCUACUCAAGCUAAGCCAAAGAUGUUUGCCAAAGAUGCCGAUAUUAACACAGGAGUUGUUCUUAAAAAGUUGUUCGAAAUUCUUGCCGCCCGAGGAAAGAAAGGUACUGAUCGACGUGAGCAAGUUGAAAUGCUGCAUGAGCUUUACACUGUGGCAGAGGCUAACAACCUCGGCGUCGGCAUAGCCGUUAAAGUUAAGUUCACAAUCAUCUCUGCCAUCUUCGACUACAAUCCCAAGAUCUGUGACGCCAUGAAGCCAGAGCACUGGGAAAAGCUGCUGCAGUGCAUUGCCGAGCUUCUGACCCUUCUUAAUUCCCGUACUGACAUCGUCAUGGGAGAACACGUUUCGGAGGACCAUGAGAAGUUAGAUCAGGCCGAAUAUGACGCCGAGGAAGACCCAACUCGGCGCUUCUUCAGCGUUCGUGGAUGCAUGCUGACUACUGUCGAGCGGAUGGACGAGGAAUUUGUUAAAAUUCUCAAGGAGUGUGACGCCCAUAGUAAUGAAUAUGUUGAGAGACUUAAGGACGAAACUCGAGUUACGGCGAUCAUCGACAGUCUCCAGAAUUACAUUGAACGACAGAGUUUGCCCGCUGAAUUGUGCCGACUUUACAUGCGAAAGAUCGAACACAUGUAUUACAAAUUUGACCCGAACACCAUCAAGCUACAUAAUGAUGAGACGAAAAUCGAGAAAGAUACCACCCUGACUGUUAUGGACCGCCUAUGUCGCUACAUCUAUGUUAACGAUAAGGAAGAGAGAAUCCGACCGAGGGCAAUGCUGUGUCAUAUUUACCAUUAUGCUCUUCAUGACGAAUGGUACAAGGCGCGUGACUUGAUGCUUAUGUCACAUCUCCAGGAAACGGUUCAUUUACUGGAUCCUUCAACUCAGAUUCUUUACAAUCGAACAAUGGUUCAGUUGGGUCUGUGUGCUUUCCGCCACGGCCACAUUAAGGAGGCCCACCACGCGUUGUUGGACAUCCAGUCUAGUGGUCGUGCCAAAGAGCUACUGGCUCAAGGACUCCUCCUCCAACGUCAACAUGAACGAACAUCUGAGCAGGAAAAAAUUGAAAAACAACGUCAGAUGCCUUUCCACAUGCACAUCAAUUUGGAAUUGUUGGAGUGCGUUUAUUUGGUCUCGGCUAUGCUGAUCGAGAUUCCGUAUAUGGCUGCUCACGAGUCGGAUGCUCGCCGACGAAUGAUUUCCAAAAGUUUCCAUCACCAACUGAAAGUUAGCGAGAGACAGGCUGUUACAGGUCCCCCCGAAUCAAUGAGGGAACACGUAGUAGCUGCUUCGAAGGCUAUGCGAAACGGACUUUGGAAGCAAGCACACAAUUUUAUCAUCAAUGAAAAAAUGAAUGCUAAGGUUUGGGAUCUGUUCUAUCAAGCCGAUCGAGUACGUACGAUGUUGGUGAGGAAGAUUCAGGAAGAGUCCCUUCGGACGUACCUCUUCACUCAUUCAUCCGUUUACGACUCACUUUCCAUGGCUACAUUGUCCAAAAUGUUUGAGCUGGAACAACCGACUGUCCAUGCUAUCAUUUCGAAAAUGGUCAUGAAUGAAGAACUAAUGGCUUCCCUGGAUGAGCCCACUCAAAGUGUAGUUAUGCAUAGAACCGAACCUUCUCGUUUGCAAUCCAUGUCUCUCCAACUUGCUGAUAAAUUGGCUAAUUUGGUCGACAACAACGAGCGUAUUUUGAAGAUCCGUCAAGGUCCAUUUGGGUUCUCUCGUGGAAACCAAAAUGUGCGUUUCGGUGACCGACCGCAGUAUGGCAAUCGGCAAGGACAACAAGGAGGCGGUGGCAAUUGGCAACGCCGAGGUGGAGAUAAUCGAGAUAACCAUAGAGGAGGGGAUAAUCGGGAUAACCGAGACAACCGGGAUAACCGAGACAACCGUGAUCGGCAUAACAAUUAAAUUUUUCCUUGUGCUAUCGAAAAUCAGUAAUCAACCAUACAGAAUUCUUUUGAUUUUUUUUCUAUAAUACAUCGAUUGGCUAAGGGA